AUGGGCGUCAGCGGAGAAGUUAGUCAAAGUGAAAUGCUGGAAAUCAAUCGAUCCUUUCGUGAAUUUGAUCAAGACAAAAAUGGUUAUAUAACCAGAGAUGAAGUAAAAGAAUGUUUGAAAAAAGCAAAUGUACGUGCACUGGAUGCAAUAGUUGAUCAUACUCUAAAAGAAAUGGAUCACAGUGGAGAUGGACGAGUGAGUUAUGCUGAAUAUCUCAAAUUUAUGACGGCUGUCUAUCUUGGUGAACAUAGUGAUUUGAAAAGACAAUGA